AUGGUUGAUUUUGUCAAGGUCUACUCGACCGUUUCGGGCGAUUUGCUGACGCUGCUGAGCCAUCAGUUACCAUAUUCGUUACCCCUCCUUCGUCGACUACAAUUCGCCCAACUGGAGGGAGGAUUACCGCAAACUGCAAAAGUCAUCUUGGCUGCAGAUUCUGAGCUUAGUGACUCAAAGAGUCCAAAGAAAUUCACGGUAAUGUACGUCGACGUGGGUGGGGGACCGGACACGCAAGCCUGGGUGUAUUCCACAUACGAGCACCCAAAGCUGGCUACGAUAGAGGACACGACCAUCUAUGAGCAACAACUUGAUAGGAUUGUCCAAGAAAGCAUAGGAAUAGCAAAGGAGUAUGGUCAAAAGCUUUCAUACGGUGAUGCUGUUCUAGUAGGGACAAUUCACGAUUCUGUUCGUGAGCUUCUUUACAAAUCUGGCCGAGUCGAGCCGAGAGAGACGGGAGCAUACGAUAAGUGGCUGUUCAAGUACGAAGAUUUGCCUAAAGAUGAAGUGGAACUACCCAAGGGGAUGUACUGGGCGACAGCGACCGAGGAUGAUUGUCGGGUGGUCAUUUCUCGAACAGAUAUCCCUAGGACAGUAAAAGCGUUGAGUCGCAUGCCAAGUCUGGUAAUCAAACUCGAAGACGGGACUCCUAUAUCUUGGGCAUUCCUAGGUUUCGACGGUUCGUUGGUCAGUCUUCACUGCGAAGAACCAUAUCGACGACGUGGACUGGCAAAAGCACUCGCUGCGAAGCUAUUUCGGGAAAGGUCACUCGAGUUUGCGGACGAUGGUUGGUGCUGUGCUGAUGUUGCGCCUGAUAAUGAUGGAAGUAGGGGCAUGUGCAAGAGAUUGAAUGGAAAGCCCUAUUGGAGGAUUUCCUGGGUAUUGUUGUACGUUGGAGAGAAACCUCCGAGCCACACGAACGGAACGACAUGA